AUGUUGCGCCAUAGCGAAACAAAGGUGAGCUAGGGCAACGAUUCAACGCGCUCUCUAGGAGCUGCACUGACUCUGAAAUUGGCCACUCCUUGACCAGUUCUACGACCUUCUUGGCGUGAAGCCAGACUGCUCGGAGUCUGAGCUGAAGAAGUGAGUUGCAUCAGUGGCUUGCACUCCUGAAGGUCAAACUCGCAGUAGAGGAAGGUAAAGGCGCUCAGGAGCGUCCUUGUCCUUAUUUCUCGGCGUCCUGGUUCGAUGGGAGCGCAAGCGCAUACACGCUGCCAUCCCUCGUAGACAUGAUCUACCAGCGUUCUGUCUCCCGUCUCGUUGCUUUUCGGAUCAUUUCUUUCGUCACUUCUGACGCCUUUUGACCGCGAUCCAUUGUAGGGCGUACCGAAAGAAGGCAUUGGCACUUCACCCCGACAAGGGAGGCGACCCCGAGCAAUUCAAAGAGGUCACAUCCGCAUACGAGACGCUAUCAGACCCGCAAAAGCGUGACAUGUGAGUAAGGUUUCAUGUGAUAGUGGUACAUCAGCCCAUAUCCUCCAAUCGUAAACUGAGCUGCUGUCAUUUUGAUCUGCAUGCAGGUAUGAUCGAUUCGGAGAAGCAGGACUUGGCGAAGGCGGCGGCAUGGGUGGAAUGGACCCUCAAGAUUUGUUUUCGCAGCUUUUCGGAGGUGGCGGCGGGGGAUUUUUUGGAGGUGGCGGAUCUCGCAGACCCCAAGGUCCUCGCAAGGGCAAGGAUCUCGUCCAUCGCAUCAAGGUCUCUUUGGAAGAGUUGUACGUUGGCAAAACCACAAAGCUUGCCCUCCAAAAGCAAGUCAUUUGCGGAAAGUGCGAAGGACGCGGAGGCAAAGAAGGAGCUGUCAAGUCUUGCGGUGGCUGCAAUGGUAGCGGUGUCAAGACUAUUCUCCGGCAGCUCGGUCCUAUGGUUCAGCAAUUGCAACAGACUUGCCCCGAAUGUCAAGGUCUCGGAGAGCAGAUCAAUGCCAAGGACAGGUGCAAGACUUGCUCCGGCAAAAAGGUCAACCAAGAGCGCAAGGUGCUCGAAGUUCGCAUCGACAAGGGUAUGAAGGAUGGUCAAACCAUCACUUUCAAGGAGGAAGCAGAUCAAGCGCCCAACACGAUACCAGGAGACGUCGUCAUCGUGGUGGACGAAAAGCCUCACUCGCGUUUCAAACGUCGCGAGAACGACCUGUACGUCGACAUUGAGGUUGAUCUGCUGACUGCUCUAGCGGGAGGCAAAGUCACGAUUGAGCAUUUGGAUGAUCAUGCGCUCAGCGUCGAGAUUCCAGCUGGAGAGGUGGUCAAGCCAGGAGCGAUCAAGGUUCUGCGAGGACAGGGCAUGCCUUCUUACAGGCACCACGAGUUGGGAGACUUGUACUGCACACUCAGCGUGGCUUUCCCAGACUCUUUGCCCCCUGAGGCGUUCCCUCUGCUUGAAAAGGCGCUGCCUCCUCGCAAGCAGGCUAGCAAAGUCAAGGGAGAUGUGGAGGAUGUCAUCAUGGAUGAUGUGGAUGAGCGCGAGGCUAACCAGGCUAGACGAGGAGCUGGAGCUGGUCAGGGAGCUGGCAUGGACGAAGACGAAGAGGGUGAAGGAGGACCUGGCGUUCAGUGCGCUCAACAGUGA